UAAUUAUAUAUAUAUAUAUAGACAAUGAGUUGUGCUAAUAAGUUGGGUAAUGAAGGGCUGAGAUGGGCCAUCAUUGUUGCAGCAAACAGAAAGUCAAGAGGGGGUUGUGGUCUCCUGAAGAAGAUGAGAAGCUCAUCACACACAUCAGCAGCCAUGGCCAUGGCUGUUGGAGUUCUGUUCCUAAAUUAGCAGGCUUGCAAAGGUGCGAAAAGAGUUGCAGACUAAGGUGGAUAAAUUACUUGAGGCCAGAUCUCAAGAGGGGUUCUUUUACUGAACAAGAAGAGAGAAUCAUCAUUGAUGUUCAUAGAAUUCUAGGCAACAGAUGGGCUCAGAUAGCCAAACACCUCCCUGGUAGAACUGACAAUGAAGUCAAGAACUUUUGGAACUCAUGCAUCAAGAAAAAGCUCAUCUCACUUGGCUUAGAUCCAAACACUCACAAUCUUCUCUCUCCCCAUCAAACUACCACCAAUUUGUUUCGGUGCCGUUUCCAAUGCUUGGCCCCGAAUGGGCUGUUUUUCCCUUUUUGCCUCACAAUUUGUUCUCUAAUAUUCUCAUAA